GUGUGGUGAGAAGGGUUUUUAUUUGUUUCACCGUCACCCCCACACCGUUUCUCUUUCUCAUUCUCUUCUCUUUGCGCUGCGCAGAAGAGAGAGAGAAGAAACAUCUUCGACACAACACAUCACAACACAACACCCUCCAAUCUAUCGUAGUGAUAUGCAGCAAGGUGAUCCAACUGUCCUAAGCUUGAGGCCUGGUGGUGGUCGCGGCGGUGGAAGCAGGCUUUUCUCCUCUCCCUCUCCCUCCGCCGAUCUCCCGCUCACGCGCCCCCAUGCCGCCUUCUCUCUCAAGACUGGUGAUUCACGGUUUGAGGGUCGUGAACGUGUGCGGUAUACCAGAGAUCAGCUUGUACAGCUUAGAGAGGUUGUUGAGGUCUCUGAUGAUAUUCUAAAGAUUAAACAAGAUAUAGAAGCUGAGCUUUUUGGUGAAGAUCAAAGUUGGGGCCGUGCUGAAAUCAAUCUUCCUCAUCAAUUACAAAAUAGGUACUCUGAGCCAGAUAACCGUGAUUGGCGUGGUCGUUCUGGUCAACUUCCUGCUAAUCCAGAUGAGAGGUCUUGGGACAAUAGACAGCAGGAUGCUGGUCAGGUUAAUCGCCAUGACCAACUUAAUUCCCAGUUUGCAAGGACACAAAUCUCUUCUACGCAAGGGGGAGGACCUACUCCUACGCUAGUCAAGGCUGAGGUUCCAUGGUCAGCUAGAAGGGGAAGUCUCUCUGACAAGGAUCGUGUCUUAAAGACUGUGAAAGGAAUAAUGAAUAAAUUGACUCCUGAGAAAUUUGAUGUCCUGAAGGGUCAGUUAAUCGAUUCUGGCAUUACAUCAGCUGAAAUCUUGAAGGAUGUCAUUUCACUUAUUUUUGAUAAGGCUGUUUUAGAACCUACAUUUUGCCCCAUGUAUGCUCAGCUGUGUUCUGAUCUUAAUGAAAAGCUGCCUCCAUUCCCAUCUGAAGAACCUGGUGGGAAAGAAAUCACCUUUAAGAGAGUACUCCUGAAUAUUUGCCAGGAGGCUUUUGAAGGUGCUGAAAAUCUGAGGGAGGAAAUAAAAAGGAUGACUGCCUCUGAGCAGGAGACGGAGCGUAUGGACAAGGAAAGACUGAUCAAGAUUCGUACCCUUGGAAAUAUCCGUUUAAUUGGUGAGCUAUUGAAGCAAAAGAUGGUUCCUGAAAAGAUUGUCCAUCACAUUGUUCAGGAGCUUUUAGGAUCCCCGGAGAGCAAGUCUUGUCCAGUUGAGGAAAAUGUUGAAGCCAUAUGUCAGUUUUUCAUUACUAUUGGCAAGCAGCUAGAUGAAAGUCCUAAAUCACGGCGUAUAAAUGAUAUUUACUUUAGCCGAUUGAAAGAACUGAGCACAAACCAACAACUUGUACCCCGGCUUAGGUUCAUGAUUCGGGAUGUUAUAGAGUUGCGUGCUAAUAAUUGGGUUCCUAGACGUGAAGAGGUCAAAGCGAAAACCAUUAAUGAAAUUCACUCCGAGGCAGAAAAAAAUCUUGGUUUGCGGCCAGGUGCCACUGCAAGUAUUAGAAAUACCCGUGGUGGUAUUCAAGGAAAUGCCAGCUCUGGGGGCUUUCCUAUUGCUCGACCUGGUACAGGGGGUUUGAUGCCUGGAAUGCCAGGGACCAGGAAGAUGCCUGGGAUGCCUGGAUUUGAUAACGACAACUGGGAGAUUCCUAAGACUAGAUCCAUGCCAAGAGAGUUGUCAGGUGUUCAAGCUGCUGGACGCAGCAACUCUUCUUUACCCUCAAAGCCCACAACCCUUAAUUCGAAAUUGCUACCUCAAGGUAGUGGUGGUAUUGUAAGUGGAAGAAAUAGUGCCCUAGUACAUGGAGGUGGUACAAUUUCUGCUCGCCCGACAAGCUUUGGUUCAAGUCCUGAGGCAGCACCUCAACUCCCUUCACCUGCUAAAACCGUUACUCCUGUUCCUGUGUCCUUUGAGAAGCCACAAGCUCCAGCUCCAAAAUUGAAGACUGAUGAUCUUCACCGCAGAACUGUCUCUAUUCUAGAGGAGUAUUUCAGUAUUCGGCUUUUGGAUGAGGCAUUACAAUGUUUGGAGGAAUUAAAAUCUCCUUCUUACCACCCUGAGGUUGUUAAGGAAGCCAUCUCCCUUGCACUCGAUAAAAGUCCACCGUGUGUUGAACCUGUUGCCAAUCUCAUUGAGUAUCUGUAUAUUAAGAAGAUUCUUACUCCUAUAGACAUAGGGACUGGCUGUUUGUUGUUUGGUUCUCUGCUGGAUGAUAUUGGGAUAGAUUUACCUAAAGCACCAAGUAAUUUUGGUCAGAUAAUUGGGAAACUAAUUGUGGCUGGAGGUUUGGAUUUUAAGGUGGUGAAAGAGAUUCUGAAGAAGGUGGAUGAUGACAUGUUCCAGAGAGCAAUAUUUGAGAGUGCGGUAGGGGCCAUUAGAUCUGCUUCUGGGCAAGCUGUGUUGGAUUCACAAACAUCUGAUAUUGAGGCUUGCCAGAGUCUGCUCAAGUGAAUCAAAAUGAUUCUUUAACUGGACCAACCUGUCUUCCUUUGCUGCUACUUUCAAAUUUAGAUACCUUCGUCCUCCCUUUUCAGUAAAAGCAUUUUGUAUUAAAGUAUGUUAUAAAUGGAGUUUCCAGUGUCAGGUUUUUUUUUCAAGCUGUAAAAUUUUAUUUUUGAUUUUUUGAGAUGUUUAUUGAGGGAAAAGUUAAACCAUAAAGCUACGGAUUUUAUUUUCCGGUUAGCUAAUCAGGUGCCAAGUUUCUCCGGUUAAGUGUCCUUAGGGGUUCAAAUGUUUUUGUAUUUCUUUAGUUUCAAUUUUUACUUAAUUUUGUUGACAUAGUAAUUGUUUAACUGGUUAGUUCAUAAAUAUCAUUAUCGUUAUAUGUUCA